GAUUCAUAUCGUGGUUAUGGAGCUCUCCUUUUAAAGUGUACGAUCGCAAUAUUCAGUGCAGUGAAUGGUUUUGCAUUUUUAUGUUCGGUUAUUUAUAAGUGCGGAUGCAGGAGGAUUGCGGUGAAUGAUGGUCUUUUUGUCUCCAACAAGACAAUUCCAACUAUUUAACAGUGCUUGCAUUUCUGCUGUCUUCUCACGGAUCUUCUUCGAGACUCGAUAGAUCACAUUUUGAUUUAAUGUUCCUCAUAAUAAUAACAUAUUAAUAAACUUAAUGAGAACUCUCAAUAUCGGUCGUAAGGCUGAUAACUUAUCGCCAGAAGUUAUUGCUUUUAGUCUGUCAGCUGCACUGUUCCAAACAAGAUAUCCUUCAAAAACUUGUGCUUGUUACAGGAUGGUUCUAGUACUGAACGGAGUCUUGCAAGAGGACUGUCCACAUGACACAACUUCUCUCUAUCACACCCACCCAGUCUACAGGGAAACAGCAGCUCAAUUACUAGCUGUUCCCAACAAAAUAAUCGGACCUGUCGGCCUACUUUACGUUCAACAGAGAGAAUUGGCUGCAACCGUUCCUCAUGACAAAAAUGUUAGCAUUCUGGGAGCGGACGAUGUCACCACCUGCUUGAUUGUUGUCGUGCGUCACUCUG